ACUGUCGUUGCCCUUGCGUCCUUUAGUUCUCGGUAAAAGGAGGGCCUCACUUGUGCAUGUACUGUACUGUACCCGGUGACUUCGGUGAGAUUUGGACUUGACGACCCGUAGUUUCGUGCUUGCUCGUGGUUCCAACAUGGCCACUCAAUCCUUGCCCAAGUCCGAGGAGCUCCUAGGCGAGCGAUGGGACCAGUGCCUCACGGAUGCCACCAUCAAAAUGGGCGUGGGUUUCACCGUGGGGGCCACUUUUUCCCUGUUUCUGUUCAAGCGUCGGGCUUGGCCAGUGAUUUUCGGAACUGGGUCCGGUUUCGGAAUGGCUUACUCCAACUGCCAGAACGCCUUCAACUCGGCUUUUUCUCCCGCCACGCCCACUCCGACGAAGAAAUAGUGCGAAAUUAAACCCACACCGCCCUCCUCCGUUUCACGUGGAAUCACUUGCUCGUGAUGGAUCGAACGAACAAACGAAUCAAUCAAUCAAUCGCAUUCCAUCACGGGCGAGAGAUUGCCCUGCCACUUCUCAAGAUCUGUUUUGAAAUGUGUGAAACCGAGGAAGAACAAUACUUCAAGUCCGUUAAUUGCAGCAUAAACAAAAUCAAUAGAACUUUUCUUUAGAUAAACUCGACAAAAAUUAAUUCUCCGGAGAUGAUAAAAAGCUUUUUCAUCUACGCCUCAACAUAUUCGUCUGGAAGCUUUCUCGAGGACUCCCAAGUUCUACAUCAAUGGCCAUGAACUCCACUUUUUCGGGCGGGGCUCGUUUCUUUGCCUUCAAGAUUACAUACCAUCGCUCAAGAGGAACUUUGGAACAACUUCAACUUGCUUGAACCCGAAUCUGUGCAACCAUCAACCCAAGCGAGUUUAUCCUCGGAGGGACAGCUUGUCCAAAAAGUGUGUUUGAAAUUGUUGCUUGUGAAAUGGGGUUCUUGAGCUCGACACCCAGAUAAUAAAGAACAUUCGGAGAAA